CUCAUCAUCCCCAAUAAUAUACCCUCUUUCUCACGAAAUCUCUAGAAUCCCGAGAGAGAGAGAGAGCAGAACACAGAGAAGCAACUUUUAGAGGGGGAAAUGGCGUCGGCGGCGAGAGUAGAUCUGGACGGGAACCUCAUAAAGCCGAUGACAAUAUGCAUGAUCGGCGCGGGAGGGUUCAUAGGCUCGCACCUCUGCGAGAAGCUGAUGUCGGAGACACCGCACAAAGUGCUGGCUGUGGACGUCUACAGUGACAAGAUCAAGCACCUCCUCGAGCCGGACUCGCUACCCUGGGCCGGUCGCAUCCAGUUCCACCGCAUCAACAUCAAGAACGACUCCAGGCUCGAAGGACUCAUCAAGAUGGCAGAUCUGACUAUAAAUCUUGCGGCGAUCUGUACUCCGGCGGAUUAUAAUACGCGCCCUCUUGACACAAUUUACAGUAAUUUCAUUGAUGCUCUCCCCGUGGUUAAGUACUGCUCAGAAAAUGGCAAGCGUCUCAUUCACUUCUCUACUUGUGAAGUCUAUGGCAAAACAAUUGGAAGCUUUCUUCCCAAGGAUCAUCCCCUGCGACAGGAUCCUGCUUAUUUUGUUCUCAAAGAAGAUGACUCUCCAUGCAUUUUUGGCCCUAUUGAGAAGCAGAGGUGGUCAUACGCAUGUGCAAAGCAAUUGAUUGAGAGGCUCAUCUACGCUGAGGGUGCUGAGAAUGGUCUUGAAUUCACCAUCGUGAGACCUUUCAACUGGAUUGGCCCGAGGAUGGACUUCAUACCGGGCAUUGAUGGUCCCAGUGAGGGUGUUCCUAGGGUUCUGGCAUGCUUUAGUAAUAAUCUCCUAAGACAUGAACCUCUCAAGCUUGUGGACGGUGGCCAAUCACAAAGAACUUUCAUUUAUAUCAAGGAUGCCAUUGAAGCUGUUCUUCUGAUGAUUGAAAACCCAGGCAGGGCUAAUGGUCAGAUCUUCAAUGUGGGCAACCCUAACAAUGAAGUUACAGUUAGGCAACUUGCUGAAAUGAUGACUGAGGUUUAUUCGAAGGUGAGCGGAGAACCUGCUCUGGACGUGCCGACCAUUGAUGUAAGUUCCAAAGAAUUCUAUGGUGAAGGGUAUGAUGACAGUGACAAGAGGAUUCCAGACAUGACCAUAAUCAAUAAACAACUCGGUUGGAAUCCUAAGACGUCGCUGUGGGACUUGCUUGAAUCAACCCUUACCUAUCAACACAAGACAUAUGCCGAAGCCAUAAAGCAGGCCAUUUCCAAACCAGUUGCAUCCGGCUAAGGCAAACAAUUCAACUGUCUGGCAAACAUGGAAGAGAAUCUCUUGUAAUGGCUUCAAUAUCUUUCAGACGACUACUACAUAUAUGAAUUGGUGACCAUAUGGUUGGUUAAUACUCGUAUACACUACAUUAUUUGUCUUUCCUGUGCUGUUCCCGUAGUCUCUCAGGAAAUUCUCUCGUAAUGUGUUAGGGAUUAUUAUAUGAGGAUGUUGAUGUUAGGGGGCUCCCAAGAUAGAUUUGUCCUUAACCGCAAUGGGGGUCAUUUAUACAAGCUAAAAAGCCCGCCUUCGUGUUUGUGCUAUUCAAGGAAUUUGUUUCCUUCCUCUGUUUCA